UAUUUAUUUCAGGACUUUAGUUUUUUUAUUAAAGUUUAAUAUAUUUGAUAAAAAUAAUGCGAAACAACAGCAGAGAAAGUCCCACUGUUUCUACGGUAACAAGUUUAUUCAUGAGAGACGAGGUGUUGGGAGGUGGAGAUAGAAAUAAUAUAAAUACAAAAUCUCCUUAUAAAAUCCAGUACAAUAACAAAAUGUACAAGUCAGCUUCCAAAGUCUUGGAGAAUUACAUCCAGAAUUACGACAAAGAACAAACAUGGAAUCUCGCUAAGUCACUCACAGAGAAUUGCACAAACACGCCGAUCAAACGUGAAGCAAGAAGGCUGAGACAAAACAUAGGUUCUUCAACCAUCGAGAAGGAAAUCCGACUUGCCAAGCAGUUGUUGCCGACCUCGUACACAGAUGAUGUGAAUGUCGAUGGAAAUGUUGACAUGGAUGAUUUGUUGAUAUCUCACAACAACCAGGAUAAGAACAUGCCAACAUUGAAUGUAGAAACAUCUGUAAAAUAUCGAAGAAACCUUAACAAUGAGUUCCGUUCAUCACAAUCAAAACUUCCAAUUGUGGAUAAUCAUGAUUAUGAUGUCACAGACGUCUCAAUAUCUGACACUGAAUCAACAACGUCAUGGGACACGGUGUCUUCUUAUCCAUCAAAAUAUUCAUCACACAACAGGAGAAGAAAACCAAGAAAAGUUUUGAAAUUUUACAGUGAAGAUGAAACAACUUCAGCUCAGUCAUCUACAUCAACCACACCUCGUGUUCGUUAUGACUCAGCUCAUCGUGGUUAUGAUGAGUCGGCAAAUACUUCCAGUGAUGACCAAUCUACAGGCUUUGGUUUCAGUGAUGCACAAACUAAAUCUCAGUUUAAAGAUUUACAAAGAACAUUAAGAUUAGUUGAUGAUCUGAAGGCUGAUUUUGCCGCGGCAGAAUCAACACUUGGUGUCGCACCACGUCCUGAUCAGAACUCACUUUCUGAUCUUAUUCUACGACUCUCUGUCGCCGCCAAGAGGAAAGAGGAUAAAUUACGAGAAACCCUGGUGAAUCGGAAAUCACUGAAGCGUAACCACGAAGAGUCGUUACAUUUCUCCGACCUCGAUUUAACCAGCGACACCAGGUCCAAGCAGAAAGGAAAUUUAAAAUCGUCGAGUUAUAACCCGGACCAAUUUACCCCAACAUACAGGGGGAUCUCCCGUUACACCCGGGGUUGCACGUCGGCCCCAUCAACCCCAGCCAAGAAAUAUUCUACAAGACCACACAACACUGAUCAAAAUGAUGAAACAUCUUACUCAACAACAAGACAACAAUCAACUUCUCCAAAUAAAACAUUAAACACCUCCGUGCUCACAACCGACAAUAUAUCAGAAGCAAUGAGGUUGAUUGAUGAUCGAAGGUUCAUCGAUAUGAGCUACAAUACUUUACAAUCUGAUGCGCCUUCAACCUCAGCUACCGACGUGUUGUUAUCAAACCCACUCAACCAUGAAGUAUCAUCCAAUCAGGAGUCAGAUUGGGGUCAUGUGCUUGACCCCCCCAGCACACCCACUAACACCACCUCGACAGUGCACGCGGGGCGAACCCCGUUCAUUCAUCGCUCGGUGACACCUAGUGUCAGCCCGACAAGCACGGAUGAGAUCCUUGAUGCAGAACGAACGUGGGAGCGACUUCCUGUAAAAAGGAAAAGUGGAAGCGAUACUUCGUCUCAUAUAUCGGUGUCGUUCUGCAUGGAGGGGAAACCCCUUGCCGUCAAAGGUUUCAUGGAAGAAUGUAUGAUGUCAUCGAAAUCCAAUAACACAAGCUUAAGUGGGGGGAACCACCCAGGUUCGGUGGAAGCACUCAAGAAUAUGAUCUUCACAUUGCAGGGUAUGACAUCACAAUGUGGGGCAGGGGAUUACAAUCAAGAAGAACACCAGCGUACGUCGUUCAACGGACAGAAAUCCCUCGAAAAAGCCAUCGUCCAUCUUAACAAUUUGAAGAACAUCGUGGAGAAAUGAUGUGUUUAGGUUUGUUUGCGUGGUUGCCAUGGUAACCUCACGCAAUGUCAUGGUUGAUUUCAUUUCAACAAAUCCGGUCGAAGACGUUCGGCUUCUUUUAUUAUGACGUCAUAUUGCCGGAUUUUGAGCGCGCACUGCGCGAUACGGACCCUGCUUACAACAACUUCACUAAACCAACAUAGAUGUUCUUGAGCGACGAGGUCACGUGCAUAGAAUCUUAGAGAUAUUGUGACGUAAUAAUACAGAAUUUAUUCAGGAAAUACUCUAUUGUUCGUCACAAUCAUGUUUAUCUUCGUUCUAGUGUCACCAACAAUGACAACUCAUGUUAACAUUGUGUCUUCACUAUUGCUUUAUACCAUUGUUGUGAUAAGUAUGGGUAACUUUUCCAAUUUUUUUAAUAUUUUUUCAAAACCUAUGGUUCCACAUAUGUAAGUGACCAUACCAAUAGAUUGGCCUCACUUUAUGGUCGAGUUGUUGACGAGUAACUAGAUACCAUGGACGAAUCCUUUAACCCAUUGAGUAAAAAGGGAGUUUUCGUUCUUUUGUGUUUGGUUCGCGAAAUUCUUAGCCGAUUUAUUCUGAUCUUUCCAACUUCCGAAAUUGUUGGAACAAUACUGGCUUUCUGUUGUUUAAUUCUUGUUUGCAGUGAAACUUUUACCAACCAACCAUAGUUUAUAAAAAGUUUCAGUGGGUCUGGUGCGGAAUUGUUAAACCACUUUUUUAGUUUUAAACAUUCUUGUGCGACGUAAACUGAUUAAAGAAAUGAAAAAGUGCCGCUAAGAAAAAUACUCCUUGUCUAAAGCAGCUAAAUAAAUGAAUGCUAACCAU